AGAAUAUAGCGUGUGUGUGCUGUGGGCGGAUGGAGGUUCUUGCUAACUCGAGAGAAAGUGACGAAAAUUACGCUAUCCACGAGGAGCUUCACAUGUAUCCGUGAUGUAGGAGGUGAAAAGACUGGCAGGUUUACAGUAAAGAGAUCUUGUAUCAUUUAAUGGAAACUUGAGGACCAAUUGGACAUCUUUGGCCCCUUGACUCCUGCCAGCCAUGCAGGCGUGCCUGGCUUUGUGUUUAGCCGUGGUGCUAAGAUGGGUCAAGGCACAGGAUUCAGUGUGUGCCAGCAAUCCGUGCCUGCAUGGGGGUGUCUGCACAGAGCAGUUGUGGAAAGUCAGCACUUAUAGCUGCAACUGUUCCUCAGAGUGGACAGGUCAAAACUGCGAACAAGAUGUUGAUGAAUGUACCAGCAGCCCGUGUAAGAACAUGGGUCUUUGCAUCAACAAGGAACAGGGUUUUACCUGUAAUUGUCUACCACAGUGGAUUGGUCCAACGUGCGAGAGACCCUCACAGUGUGGUCCUCAGUUAUAUUCCGGCUGGCCUAGCCAGAAGAAAUCAAUAUCGGGACCAGUGUUCACCCAAGCAAACUUCACUGACAGGCUCCUGCCGUACAUCUGCAGCUACACCAUCCAGAACCUUCAGAAGACAGGCAAAGUGCAGCUUAUCUUUGAUGACUUCUUGAUGUCUGGAAGUAAGACCAGGCAGCCUUGCAUGUGGUCUUACGACAAGAAUGGAAUCGAGGUAUACGAUGGUGAGUCAGCUAGUCCGGUGAUUGAGCAAUGCUUUGCAUCAUACAAGCGGCCAGGAGCAUUGAUAUCAACUGAGAACUCGCUGCGUAUAGAGUUCAAACACUGGAGUAGCAUAGCUUUCCAGUUUCCAGUCUUCCGAGCCCACUACCGAUUUCUGUCGGCCAGUGAACAGGCUUUUAAACCAAUAGUGGACACACUAGCAUUCUUUGAUGAUCGUCAGAGCCAGUUUGCCACGGUCCUAUGGCAGCCAGAGACCCACGAUAUGCUGUGGCUCUUUGUUGCACCCAAGAAGAAGCAUGUAUUCUUGUCUCUUAACCCCAUCUUUAAGUCGGACAGUAUCAUCAUUACGCUGGACAUCCAUGACGGAAUCACAUCAGACGCUCCUAAGAAUCACUCCCUCCAUUAUAAAUACCAAUUCCCAACGCUGGAGAUGAUCUCUACAGGCAAUGGGUUGUAUGUCCGCUGUUUCACUAACAGACUGGUCAAUCAGAACGUCACGGUAGCCGGAAUGUUUGUCUUCUUCUCCAAAGCUGAGAGCCAAGAGUUGUGCUCUGAUUUCUGGUGUGCCAACAAGCGCUGUAUCUCCAGCGCCUUGGAAUGUGACGGGAUUAACCACUGUGGAGAUAACUCAGACGAGAAACCCUGCCUAGGGUUAUGUCCAGAGCAUUGGUGCGCCAAUGGUGGGACAUGUCAUGAAGUAAUCAGUGGGUACCCACGCUGCUCUUGCCAGCCUAACUUCUCUGGUGAUAGGUGUCAGGAGGAGGAAGUGUGCCCGAAAGAUUACUGUAUGAAUGGUGGGAUAUGCCUGGGAUCGUCUGUAUCUACACGUUACUGCCUGUGUCAACGGCCGUACUCAGGAGUCAAUUGCCAGCAAGACAAUUCAGGAUGUCCGCACCACUACUGUCAGAAUGGAGGCAGCUGUGAGGGGACACAUGAACUGUACAACUGCAAAUGCCCAGCUGACUUCACCGGCACGUACUGUGAAUUCAAAUAUGUAGAAACCUACGAGGACGAAUCAUUCCUGAACAACCUAACGUACACGCUGAUCACGGUCAUACCCAUCGCGAUUCUACUUGUCAUGAUAUGGGUUUGCUGCAGGAUGAGAAACUGCAGUUUCUAUCCGUUGAACACUCGCCGGUCCUUGGUGGAGCGAGAACUUCGACGACGCGAGAGGGAAUGCGAGAUGAGACGGAGAGAAAUGAGGGAAAGUUUGUCGGUUUCCGAUAACCCCUCCACAGUCAGCCGAAGUCUGUCUCGCAUGAGCUCAGUCAGCAUGUACACGGAUGAACCCCCACCAUACAAUGUGGUCGUCCGCAGCCAGCGUCGCAAAUUACGACGCCACCACUCCCACCCAGGUCCAACCCACUCAUCCAACGAAGAGCCGCCUCCAUCCUAUGAAAGCGUUGUCAUCUUCCUCAAUGGAGGGCAGCAGACAGAUCCCCCACCGUACAUCCGGGUCCUGCAGCGAUCCCAGUCUAGGGGUCGGCGGAGGUCGUUGGAAUCGUCGCAAACAGCCCUGGAGGGUGACACUGCUUUGCAGACAAGACUGAGCUCCGUGACAACCACAGGUGGUGAUUGGUCACCGGAGCAGAGUCAACGGGCAUCGGGAUGGGAGGUUGGUCGGCAUUCAUUGGAACGGGAGACGGGUCAAGGUUCAGUAGUACGUGAGCUUGGUCUGAGUUCACAAGGACAGCAGGAGGGUCAGAGUUCAACCGGACGGCAGCAGCAUCAAAGUUCAUCGGGACGACAGCAGGGGCAGAGUUCAUCUGGACAGCAACAGGAUCAGAGGUCAUCCGAAGGGCAGCAGGGUCAGAGUUCAUCAAGACAGCAGCAGGGUCAGAGUUCAUCGGGGCUUCCUGACCUCAAUACCACAGAGGACAGAGGAAGGAAGGAUGUGGAGGAGAACCCGGAACACAUCUCACUCCUGCCUGGAGGAGGGACAGAUUCAUAUUGAGGUGAGGGGGGGGGGGGGGGUGACCAUCUGGAAGGAGAGUUGUCAAGGCACCAGUUACUAACAAUACACAUCAAUAUUACAUUGGGCUGGUAACCAGAGUCUAUUUUUAGUGCUACCAGGGCAUGGUGAGCAUUUGCAUAUAAAGUAUUCGCUUGAUACAUGGCUGUAUUCAUUCAGUUUUUUUUAAUUGAUUUUUUUGUGAGUCCGUUCAGCAAUGCAUGUCUUGUAUUAUCUCGGUGCCUGUCAUCACCAACUCCAUACAAAUAAAGAGACUUGCGCAACACUCGCAGUUAAAGUGUGACAAUCAAAGCAAUGUAAAAGUUGACGCAAUGAUGUUAAAAAGCAGAAUAGAAGAAGCCUUUAUUGUAAAGACGUUAACUUCCAAUUUAUACAAAGUUUUCUACUAUGACAGCUUUUUACAUUUUUGGGGUUAGAUUUUAGUCAUUUAGUUUAAAAACAAACUGUGUUAAUUAAACCUAGCAAUCCUAAAUCCGUCAAAGUCCAUUCCAGGAAGAUCUGACUUGGGUUGGAAAGGGAUGUCAAUCGUAUCCAAGUCCAAACAUUUAGGAUGAGUGGAAAAUCAUUUAUUUGGUUUGCAGUAACACCAUGUGUGUGAUAU